UUUUCAUGAGACUCAUCACGUGAUAGAAACUAUUAACCUGUGGCGUGCGCAGCACCUCACUUGUACCUCCUGUAAGAAAUGGUUUGUCUGUCCCAGCUGUAUUAUGGAAAAGGGCUCUACCAUCCAUCACGACUGCUCCGAUGCACUCACACCAAACUUAAUUUUCGAUGAUACCUAUCCUAUGGACAGGCAGUGGUGGUCGCGAGAAACCGUUCUUCUCGCUAGACAAGUCAACUUGAAUAUAAUGCCCCUUGCAUUUGUUAUUGCCACCACACGUUUUGACAAGAAAGACCCAGAAGAUAUGAGCGUCCGCUUCGGCGACAGGAUCAUCGUGACCAGCUACCCCGAAUACGAUAAUUGGUACUAUGGAAGGAAUGACUGGAAUGGUCAGACUGGAGUGUUUCCAAAAGCCUGUGUUCAGGUUGAUGAAGACGCAGUUAAAAUUGCUCAAGAGUAUGAUUGGCUUCAAACUGAGGCACAAUUGAUUGCGUCUAGGGAACGUGAAAUACGGCGCAAGGAAAAGAAGAUGGAGUUUUGGGGCAAGGCCCUCCAGUUUGGAGCGGCAAUCUUAUCCGGAGGUGGAGAUAGUUGAGCGCUAGUUAAGCAUUAUAGGGCAAAAUUUAAAACAUCUCAAUUACAGCGAGACAUCU